GUUGUUUUGUGGAAAGAAGAUUUCGAUUUACGAUUUAAGAUCUGAAACAGAGACUCUGAGAUAUGGGACUAUCAUCUACUGGCAACAAGGCUGAGCUUAUGAGAAGAUAUGUAGACGCGGGAGCAGCAGAUAUAGAAGCAAGGUUACCGUAGCCAGUAAGUGCAUCAAAUAUUGUGCCGCAUGAAAUGGAAGUUUUGCGUCGUGAAAAAGAACUAGCAGAACGUCAGCUCCGACUACUGCAAAGAGAAGUGGAUCUAAUACGCGCUAAUCAAGGGGGUAACAGCGACAGCUAUAAUGUUCGUCGCGGCACUAAGUUAAUAGAUGUGAAGGAUCUGAUAGGAGAAUUUGACAGAAACGUCAUGAAUUAUGAUGUUUGGGAGAAACAAAUAAACUUUCUAGUCCGCAAAUAUAGUUUAGACAAUUUGGAGAUAAAAGCAAUAAUCUGCAACAAGUUACGAAAGGAAAAUCGUAAACCGGAGGAGAUCCAGAGGAGCUGUUAUAAUUGCAACGAAGAGAGACACUGUGCCUUUAACUGUAAACGUCCGAAAUGCGAGAAGAGUUAGUAUUUUCGUUGUAGAGAACAAGGUCACCAGGUCAGUCAAUGCAGCAUACCUAAAGAAGAAAUAAGUUACGUCGGUUAGCAGUCAGAAGACGAAUUUUAUCGGACGCUUCAGGUUCAAAUUUAUCCAAACGGAAACGAUUACAUCGAAAAUUUUUUUGAUUGAC